UGGUGUUGUAACAGAAGGUCCAUGGAGCCGUACAGUCAGUGGCCGAAGCAGAAGCACGCUGAACGGGGACCCCGCUCUCAAAAAUAAAGCCAAUGACAACAGUUGCAGUCCUUGGAGGGGGCAUCGGGGGUCUGGCAGCAUCUUACUACCUGUGCAAGAGCCCCCAGGUUACCAAGGUCAUUGUGUUGGAGUCCAGCAUUCGCUUCGGAGGUUGGCUGUGGUCCACCAGGAGGUCUGAUGGGGCGGUGUUUGAACACGGACCCAGAGGGAUCCGACCCGCUGGGGCGGUGGGACACAACACACUCAAUAUGGUGGAUGACCUGGGUCUUGGGGGGGAGAUUCUGCCCGUCACCUACAGCCACGUCGCCUCCAAGAACAGAUACUUGUACGUCAACAGAGAGCUCCACAGGAUGCCUUCAGGAAUCAGUGGACUCCUGCGGACCGUGCUGCCCUUCUCUCGUCCCCUCCUGCUGAGCGUUGCCACGGAGAUACUGGUGAAGAAGGGCAAGGAGGACGACGAGUCCAUCCACUCGUUUGUUUCCAGGAGGCUGGGGAAGGAGCUGGCAGACAUAGCUGUGGACAGUUUGUGUCGCGGUGUGUAUGCCGGGGACUGCAGGAAGCUGAGUGUGCGCUCCUGUUUUCCUGCCUUGUUCAAUGCAGAGCAGCGCAGAGGCUCUCUGACUCUGGGCAUGCUGCUGGGCUCAGGACCGGCUCCUGUGGUCCCCCCUGGCCCUCUGGCUCAAAGAUCUGUUGAGGAGUCUUGGGCCCAGUGGUCCCUGAGCAGAGGAGUGGAGUCCCUCCCAGAGUCCAUCACUGAGUACCUGCAGCGCAGCGGCAGAGUGCAGCUUCACAGAGAGGCAGCUGUUCAACGCAUCAGUCCUUCAGCCUCUGGGUGGACGAUCACGUUGGAGGAUGGAGUCAUGUCAGCUGACCACAUCAUCUCUGCACUGCCUGCUAAAGCCCUCUCCUCAGUCCUGCCCGCCUCCUGUCAACCUCUCAUCCAGCUGCUGCAGGACAUCUCCACGGUAACAGUUGCCGUGGUAAAUCUGGAGUACGAGGGUUCCGUCCUGCCUGUAGAGGGGUUCGGUCACCUGCUUCCAUCGUCAGAGGAUCGGGGUUUACUCGGAGUGGUCUACGACUCUGUUCCCUUCCCUCAACACAACAGACCCGACGGACAGACUACUAGACUGACGGUGAUGAUGGGUGGCGCCUGGUUCCAGGAAGCGUUUGGGGCCCCAGAGGCGGUGACGGAGGAGCGACUUUUAGCAAGAGCCACGGAGGCGGUGAGCAGCCACCUGGGAGUCACUACAGUGCCCAGCUGGAGUCGGGUCACUCUACAGAGGGACUGCAUACCUCAGUACUAUCAAGGACACUAUCGGAGAGUAGAGUCCAUGCGAAGCUUCAUAAAGGAGAAGAGUCUCUCGCUGUCUCUGAUUGGCUCCUCCUAUGACGGCGUGUCAGUCAACGACGUUAUCUUCGGCGGGCGAACCGCUGCAGAGGAGCUGUUGGGGACAGUCUGACGGAGCUGGUCAACACUGGAACAUGACAGCGUGUAGAAAUAGUUUUUUUUAACGGACGAUUGUUGAGAAUGAGUGUCCUAUAUGUAAAACAUUUUAUCUUUCUUUAUCUUCCCUGGAGAUGCCAAGACUCUUCAGCACCACCGCGUAGAAUCAAUAUUGAAUUGUAAUAUUAGUGUCUUAAUAGAAUGAGGUUGUGUUGAUGUACAGUGUCUGAACAUUCACACAUCUGGUUCAAACAGGCUAUAUAAUUAUAAUUAUAGCUUCUCAGCACAUCUGAUUCUCCUGCUGAUGAGACUUGCACUUUAAGUACAGUAAAGCCGGAUUGUUUUGACGUAUAUGACCAGCUGUUAUUAACAUCCACUGAUUUCAGGGUUAGAUACGUUGUACAUAUGUAAAGCCCUCUGAGGAACAUUUGUGAUUUUGGGUCAAAUAAAUAAAAGUAAAGAAAA